GCUAGCUUACUUGGUUACUACAGUUGCUAACUUUCAUAUUAUUGGCUUUGUGACUCGUUUUUUAUUGCUUACAUGUAGCAUAGGCGUUAUGAAACCUAAUGAAGACACAGACGAUUUGAACGAUCAAAGAACUCUCAAAUAAAGCAGAUUGUUCUUGUUAGCUUGGUACAGUAGGUAGCAUAACCACAGCAGAAUAAAAAUUUUCAUGAAAUUAAUGACAACUCCUUCAAUGUAGAGGGAGGACACCAGUGCUGCUGGUAAAAUGGAAGAAAAUAACCAGUGGAGAGACAAAGGUUUGAAGAGGAAACAUCCAGGAGAUCAAGAGAGAAUGAGUGGAGGAAGAGGGGGUGGAAGAGGAGGAGGUAAAAGAGGUGGGAGUGGUAGAGGAGGAGGUGAAAGAGAUGGGGUUGGUAGAGGAGGAGUGAAAAGAAGUGGUGAUAAAGAGAGAAAUAGAGGAGUGGGCAAUUGUGAUGCAGAGGCAAAGAGAGGAGGAGGGACUGGUGAAGGAGGUGCCAAGAAGCGUCUUGAUGCCUUGAGUGUGGGAUACUUCCGCAGAGUGGGAGAGAGACUCAGCGAAGGCUUCACAGAGGACGAGGAGAGAGUUCUCUUUGUGGAGAAUGUCCUGGCAGAGGUUAAAGGUCAGGCUGCCCUGGUAGCCAUGGAUGUGACAGGAAGUGUCACCCUCCAGCGGCUGCUCCCAUUGGCUAGCCUCAGCCAGGUGGGAGAGGUGCUGGCUGAGCUUGGCGGAGAAUCAGGGUCUGCGUUGAAGACAGUGUCAUGUGACAAAUGUGGGGGUCACGUCGUGGAGAGUGCGCUCAGACAGAUGCCCAGAUGGAGAGAAAAGAGCCCAUUGGAGGACCAGUCCGCCACCACAGAAGGGGAAGCCGAGGACUGUGGUGUGCUGGAGCCCCAGGUUCUCUCCCUCUGUCGUGUCAUGAAGGACCACUGUGCAGAGUUCAUCAGACACACACAUGGCUCGCACGUGGCUAGAACACUCAUACAUGUUCUGGCAGGCUGCCUCGGUCCAGCCCGCUCUGAUACAGCACGCCCAGGUGUCAAGGACAGGAAUGUCCCAACUCAGCUGACAUACUUUGAAGUGCCAACAUCCUUUUGGUGGGAACUCAAACACCUGUCUACCUCAUUGAUGGAACAUGUAAAUGUGUGUGUGACAGAUCCGGUGGCUAGCGCGGUGUUACAGAACAUGUUGAUGGUGUGUCACAGAGGCCGGCCCAAGCUCUGCAAGCAGCUGACCAGAGGCAUUGUGGGCUACCUGACAUCGCUCAGUUCCGCUCCUGGAGUCAGUCCCCUGUUGGUCUUUCUGAAGGACGCGGCCUGUAGUCGGCUCAUUGAGACAGUCAUCCAGCUAUCCCACAAGGCCUUGCUGCGGGACCUCUAUAAGAACCACCUCAAGGGUCAACUGGUCAACCUGGCCAUCCAUCCAAUCGCCAACUUCCCCAUACAGAGACUGACAGCGGCCUCCGCCAGUUACAAAAUGUUUUUGAAGGUGUUUGAUGAGUUAACGGAGGGACUGGAGGCCAUCUUGGCAGCGGGUCACAUGGGUGUGAUUGUCCAGCUGACUGACAGCUGUGCAGAGUGGGAGGAGAAACAGGGGGAAAUGAUGCAAAGCCUCCUCCGAGCUUUUCACUGUGCUGAGCCUGCUUCCCGACACACAGCCUGCCUGCCUCUCUUCUUGUCCCUGCUCACACAUGAUGUGUACUACUGCUCUGAGACCACAGAGGGCGACACACUGACGGAGCGCCCCCUAUCUUCCAUCUGUUACCACGGCUCCCGUUUAGUCCAGUCACUGGCCAAGUUCAAAGACCGCUCCUUGCUACUGAACAGCCUACGCUCCCUGACCCCUGCUGACCACCUGACCCUGGGCACCGACCAAACAGGCAGCCAUGUUCUGCAGCUCCUGGUGACGUCGUCCAGCGAUAAGGGGCGGGGCAAGAUCCUGAGGAGACUGGAGGGCCAGUAUGUCCAGAUGGCCUGCUCCAGGUAUGGCAGCCGGGUGUUGGAGGCAAUCUGGACCAGUGCCACUGUCCCCCAGAGACAGAGCAUCGCUAAGGAAUUGGUUUCUUGUGAGAACCAGCUGAGAUCAGACCAGUUUGCUCGUCACAUUUGGGCCAAAUUUGCACUGACCCACUUUGUGAAGAGGCAGGCCCAAUGGCAGGAAGUGCAGAUGGGCGAAUCAAAGAAGAGGAAGCUCUUUAGUGACAUUCUAGAUUGAUGAAAAGAGAUGGUGCCGGCAAUUGUAUUGCAUGGACUUAAUUUUUUUAUAUAAUCAAAUAAAACUUUUUAUUGCAUCAUCA